GAAGUCUUAUGAACUACAUACUUGUCAAAGGUUGGUGGUGUAUAUAUAUAAAUAGCUAGAGUUUCUGAAGUUCCGGAUAAGAAAAGCAGGUAUAGACUUGUAUUAUUUAAAAUAUAUCCAACAUUUUCUAAGAUAUAUAUAAAAUAUAUUAUUCCAAAUUGGCAAUUGAAACUGUGAAAUAAAAUAUCAGUUGAGAAUUAGAAGUUAGAAAUCAAGUUAUUUUUGGUACAAUAUCUAACUAAAUCUCUUAUAAAGUUUCUUCUUAGACCAAAAAGGAAAACAAGUUGAAUUCAAAAAGCCAAGGUGACUUAGAGUUGACCACAUAGGAUUUUCAUGAGUAGAUAUUCAUUUUGGGUUUAUCUUUAUAAUUUGACCGUAGAUAUUUUCUUUUUUGGUAAAACCGUAGAGAUUUGAUUAUCGGUUUUCAAUUUUUUACAGAAAAACACAGAAAACUAAAAAGAGAGAAAUGAAAAACAACUAAACAAACACUCUAGCUAAGCUAAGCAUGGACUAAUACAACGAGAAGAGCAACAAACUAAGGGAACAUCAAACUCGGUACAAAAUGCUUGCCACAAAAAAAGAGAGCUAGAAGUUAAAAUGAGAUCAUGUACCUGGUAGAAAUUGGCUUACCCGAUGAACAUAUCUAAAAGAUUGAGCUCACCAAGAACAGCUUGCAAAAGACCUCAUAAUAUGCAUCCACAUGGACAGAGAGCAAAACCCGAGACCAGCAUGUAACACCUUCGAUCAAGAUUAAGUCAAAGUUAAUUAGUUUGCCAUGCACCAAUCAAACAAGAACAUGCACGACGAACUAAAAAACUCUAACCAGAUCGAAGAUAUUACUAUACACUCUUAAACAUUCGACCAGAGGUUCCAAGAUUAGAUUUAAAAUCCCAAGAUCAAAAUUAUUAUCUUAUUAUUUUAUCGAUUUGUGUCAAAUUUUGAACCGGUCCAAGUUGGGACCAAAGAAAUUUAUUAAUUUAUAGAGAUUAUUAAUUUAUCAGAGUAUUAAUUUAUAGAUGUUCUACUGUAUAUAUACGUUGUUCUGCUCAGUUAUUUUAGAUGUAUAUAGCGUAUGCAUCCCUUCCUUCCUUAUGAUUAGAGUGUUUUCAUCUUUACUUGAGCAACUAUCUGCAGUUUCAUGUUAGAAUAUCUUUAUACACCUUGGAGAGAAUCCUUUUUGAAUCGCUGUUUCCUUCAAAAUGAUAACCUAACAUUCUUCUAUUUACUUGUGGUGUUACAGGCUCAGCUUCUUAAAGCUUGCGGCACAACACCAGCCACACCGGUUAAACUUAGGAACGCAUCUGAAAACCUGGAAACUCCUAACGUAGAAAACAAUUUACAUCUUCCCAGUUUGAUUCUUGGAUCUCCAGUUACUCUGAUGUCUGAUGCAGUGUUUCACUUGGAUGAGAAAACACCUGAAGCCUAUGGAGAGGAGGUUUCAGAGCAAACUCCUAGCAGUUGCAUAACGGAUUCCCAAAACAGUGCAAAGAUCUCCACUGGAUAUAGCCAUGCUCGUGAAGAAAGCCAAGGAAGCAUUGGUGCUGCAUUCAUGGAUGGGGUGGAUAUAACCACCAAGUUACCACUCACAGCAACGGGAAAGAGAAAGUCAGUGCGGUUUGAAUGUGAUUUUGAUCAGUCUUACUUAUAUAUAGGUUUGGGGUGUCAUUAUUAUGGAAACGAAAGGGCGCAAGUAAGGAUUUAGUCAUACAUCAUUUUUCUCAUAAGCCCAUAUUCCACACACCCUAUGGGCAGGCUUAUUAGGGGAGAUCCCAUUCGUUCUGUUCGCUACACGCCAUCCAAAAUGAACCUAGAAUUUAUUUAUAUAUGCUGAAUUAUCAUCUAAAAAAUUUUGAGGAUAAUUUAAUUUGAUAAAAUAUCAACAAGUAAUAAGUAUGUGUACUACAGUGGUUAUUAAAAUAUGGUUUUGUAUAUAUUGAUAACAUAUGUAUAACGUUUGAUUUAAAAAUAUUCAGUAGAUACAUAUUAGGGCAGUUC